AAUUCAACAUCUUCACACCAAAUAUUUCGGCAGUUAAUAGCAAUUUCGAUAAGAAAAGUUCCAAAAUUCAGCUAAGAGAAAAUGUCUCUCAUUCCAAACAUUUUCGGUGGCCGUAGGAGCAAUGUGUUCGAUCCUUUCUCACUUGACAUGUGGGAUCCCUUCAAGGAUUUUCCUUUCCCAAAUUCCGUCUCUACUUCCUUCCCUGAGUUUUCUCGGGAAAAUUCUGCGUUUGUGAGCACUCGUGUGGAUUGGAAGGAGACCCCAGAGGCGCACGUGUUCAAGGCCGAUAUUCCCGGGCUGAAGAAGGAGGAAGUGAAGGUGCAGAUUGAAGAUGAUAAGGUGCUUCAGAUCAGCGGAGAGAGGAACGUUGAGAAGGAAGAUAAGAACGACACGUGGCAUCGCGUGGAGCGUAGCAGUGGAAAGUUCAUGAGGAGGUUCAGAUUGCCGGAGAAUGCAAAAGUGAAUGAAGUGAAGGCUUCUAUGGAAAAUGGGGUUCUUACUGUUACUGUUCCUAAGGAAGAGGUUAAGAAUCAUGAUGUUAAGGCCAUAGAAAUCUCUGGUUAAGCAGAAGCAAAUGUUGUUGGUCUUUUUCGUUUGAAGUCGUGUGCUUUUCUUUGUUCUAAUAUGAUGUGAGUGAGAGUUGUGAUUGUACAAACAAAUAAAAUAGUUGUAUAAACUUGGAAGUCGUGUGCUUUUCUUUGUUCUAAUGUAGUGAAUUAGAUUUGGGACAAAAACGUGUUCUAGUUUAUAUGUGGUUCUGUACUUUUCAUUUUGUUGAUUUUUCAAUGUUCUUUUCUGCUUACUGAGGUUAAUGCAAUCUAAAGCUCUGCUGAAUGUUUGAUAA